ACCUUCAAAUUGUCCACCGGCAGCCAUGUUGGCUGUGUACAGGAGCUUACGGGAGCUUACGUAUACGUAAGAUCGUAUCUCUGUGGCACUGGGGUUUAAUAGCGCCAUCUCAUGAUCGGGUCACUUUAGUGUGAUAUUUGGCUGCAUGUGCAUGUGUGCGGCGACCGGGAAAAAAGAAGGACUCUCACCGAAAUAUCAUAAAAAUGAGCGCCCGAUUCAUUCCUCCAGAGAUACAGGAUAAUCCAACAGGAUGGGGUCCUUGUACGAUUCCAAAGCAAUUCAAAGAUAUUCCAUACCAACCAUUUUCAAAGGGAGAUCGCCUCGGAAAGGUGUCAGACUGGACAGGAGCAACAUACCAAGAUAAACGCUAUGUAGUGAAGUACAAUUCGCAGUUUGGAUCUGGUAACCAGUAUACCUACGUUCAUGAGCAGGAUGAGUCCUCCUUCCAACUGGUUGAUACUUCUAAGGUUCAGAAACCAAUCUAUAUGAGGAACAGGAUACGAUUCAACCAGCGUAAUUUACGUCGGGAAAGGGAACGUCGUGAGCAGCGUGCGACCGCUGGGAUGCAAUCACUGACCAAAGCCCAGAAGGAGAGACAGAGGCAGGUCAGAAGGUUACAGAAACAAUAUGGAGGAAGAAGGUGGCCCGAUAAGAAUCAACAUAACCAGAUGAAGUCUCGCAGUGCAUCCGUUCAGGUUCGUGGUGAAUGGGGAGUGAUAGAAGAAUUGGAUUUUCCUCGUCUCAACAAGCUACGUCUGCCCACUGUUGUAGAUCCUGAAGACCUUGUCAAGUGUGGAGAAUUGGAAUACUAUGACAAAAUGUUUGAUCGCAUCACUACCAAGACUGAAAAGAGACUAGCAAGGGUGAAUAGGUUGUUCCACAAGGUCACUACCACAGAUGACCCCAUCAUUAGAAAGCUUGCCUCUAAGGGUAACGUGUUUGCUACGGACAUCAUCUUGGCCACACUGAUGUGCUGCCCUCGCUCUAAUUACUCCUGGGAUGUCAUUGUACAGCAUGUUGGUGGGAAGCUGUUCUUUGACAAGCGAGAUGAUUCAGAAUUUGAUCUACUGACAGUAAAUGAGACUGCUAUAGAACCGCCACAAGAUGAGGGAACACACAUGAAUUCACCAAGGAAUCUAGGAUUGGAAGCAACAUUUAUCAACCAUAACUUCUCUCAACAAUGUCUCAAGAUGGGAGGUGAGAAGUUUAAGUUUGAAGUGGAGAAUCCUUUCAUCCAAGAUGAGGAGGAAUCAUUAGUUGCAUCUGUUGCAUACCGGUAUCGUAAGUGGAACAUUGGGGAUGAUUUGAACGUGAUAGUCCGAUGUGAACAUGAUGGUGUAAUGACAGGUUCGGGCGGAGAGACACAGUUCCUCAACAUCAAGACUCUCAAUGAAUGGGAUACCAAGCAAAGCAGUGCAGAAGAAUGGCGUCAGAAGCUUGAUUCACAACGAGGAGCAGUCCUUGCUACGGAGCUUAAGAAUAACAGUUUCAAGCUUGCCAAGUGGACUGUGUGUUCUCUCCUUGCAGGGUCGAAUUUCAUCAAGUUUGGGUACGUGUCUCGUAUCAACCCUCGUGAUUCUGCCAAGCAUGUGAUCUUAGGAUCGCAGCAGUUCAAGCCCAGUGAGUUAGCAGCACAGAUCAAUCUUAACAUGGAUAAUGCAUGGGGUAUUCUGAGAUGUAUCGUUGAUAAGUGCUUCCAGCUGAAAGAAGGAAAAUACCUUAUUCUCAAGGAUCCAAACAAGCCGGUGAUUCGUAUCUAUGACAUCCCUGAUAACACGUUCAGCUCUGACGACGAUGAAGAGGAUGAUGAGGAGGACGAAGACGACGGUGAUGAUGAAGGAGAUGAUGAGUAGAGCCAUUGAUGAUGUCCCACAGAUCAAUAUCUUACAUCAUCACCUGUCUACUAUCUGGAAUGACCCCUAUUUUUUUCUGAUUUUUGGUGCAACUUCUAUCAGCUAUUAGUAGAUAAGAUGAAACCUGAAUUAAUAUUUAUUAUCUGAGAUUGAGGUAGUAGCAGUUAUUGCAUUGAGACUUACUCAUGCUAUUUAAACUACAGAUUAGCAAAAUAAAAUGGGAAAUGGUCAUUGGUUUUAUCACAUCCUAUUCAAUGGACACCCCCCCUUCCCCCUCCCUCUCUUCACCCUCAUUCUCCUUUCAAAAUGUAUUGAAGAUCAUUUGCCUUGCAAUUAUGGUAUACAUACUUGCAAUGAUAUAAAUUUAUAUUAUUAUAUUACAAAUGACCUGAUCCACAAAAUACGUUUUUAAUAUCAUUCCAAUUCAUAUUUUGCAAUGGUAUGUAAUUUGAUUUUGACCAUUGCUACUAAAUUGUCAUAUAUAUAUAUAUAUCUUUCUACAUCUGCAGAUAAGACAAAUUUUGUUGUCUUCUUUCAAUGUUCGCAAUGCGCCUUAACGCCCUCUACCUUCGACUUAACAUCUAAAUGUGUAUUAUAACGGAAUAAACCCAUUCAUAGACUUCGCCCUUACGUAGGAUGUAUGCAUAAUAUAUAUAUAUAUUUCAUCUUAAGAUGAAAUCUCCAGGUGGCCAAGGAUUGAAUCAAUACAAAUUGUUAUGGGAUUUUAUUUAUUUAGUUGCAAUCAAUCAUUAAAUAAUUUACUUUUUUUUUUGGGGGGGGGGGAAUCUACUAAUUUCAUGUAUAUGGAUAGAAUGUUGAUUGUCAAAUAGUUACCUAUAUUGAGCUUACAUAGCCAUUACCCAAAAUAAGUACACAUUUAUGAUGGUAUUGUCAAUAAACUUGAAUCCCCCCCCCCUCCUUUCAAUGCUUAAAGAUAUUGAAUAUAAAUUUUUCAGUAUACAUACAGAAGACAGCUGUGACACUUUUCAUGGCUAAAAACUGGUUUCAGUGUCUGGUGGCUUUUUGUUAUUAUUAUCUUCUAUUGUUCCAUGAUUAUACAAUUUGAUCAUGUUGAAUUUGAGAUGAACAUGUAUUUAUUAUGCAUUAUAUACUUAGUAAUGCAGAAGAUGUAGUUGAUGGUUCCAAUUUUUUAGAUAACCAUUGGAUCAUUCUGUUCUACUGCCCAGCCCAACCUCUCUCUGUAGGGAUACCUGUCUAUAAUGGUCACUCGUUAUGUAUCUGCCUGAAAGACCGAUUUUUUUUUGUUUUUUUUUCUCCAUUUUUCCUCAGUUUUCUUUUAUGUGCAUGUACUGGAUUUGGAUGUGGGGGAGGGGGGGUGUAGAACAGGUAUGGAGGAGAGGGAUGGGGUUCCGCUCAAUUGUGGCAUGAUUACAUUGAAUUACAGAAUAUUUGGAAUCUUAAAUUGACAUUAAAUCUUGUCGUACUUCUCAACACAA